AUGAUCAAAGAGUCGGAAGAAAUGAGAUUAAGAUCUGAGCGAGAGCGAACAGUAAGGGGACACAUUAGAAUCAGGUUCACUCCCAUUAUUGAAAGAUUUGUUGAAUUACCAACAUACCAUUUGAGCGACAAUGAGAGCAUCCUUAUAUGGAAGGAAGAACUCGAAAGUUUGGAAUAUAGGUUUUGUGGAAUAAUGACUCUGCUUGUUAAGCACGAAAGUAUGGAGCCAAUGAAAAAAAUAGCCAUGUUUCCAUACCAAAAAUGGGAUGAUGAAACUUUUGAACUUUUUCUAAAAUACCUUUAUUUCGAGUUUCAAAUAGUUUUGGAUAAGAAUAUAGGAACCUUCAGUUCCGCGCCACUUGGAGAAUUAUGGAAUACAGUUCGUACUGCGCGGGAUCCAAAUCUAGGAAAGAAGCUCACGAGUAGGAUUCUAUCUUACCACACAUUCAUUACAAACAAUGCAACAACCACGAGUGCAAUACAUCCUUGCAAAACUAUGCAGAAUAUAUCUGAAUUAAAAUUAUCAAAUAAUGACGAAAUGCAAGAUUUUAUCAAUCAGUUGGACCUGAAGUAUGAGCACGGUCUUUUCAUUUUCUCAUGCAAUCAGACCUAUGAAUUCCAAUAUAUUUGUAGAAGUAUCUAUGCGGAAGCCUAUAAGAACUGGUUACUAAAUAAGGACUCUGGAGUACCAACCUUGAGUUCGAUUAAUGAACUGUUUUUACGCCACGCUGACUAUUUUGUUGCAGAUAGGAGAUUUGAUGAACAAAGGAAAAGGAUGAAUAAAACGAGAAAUGAAAAACGCAAUAACAAUAGCAACUCCAAAAAGACUGUGAAGGACAGUUUGGAGAGUGAUGAUGAUUGA